AUGUUCAUCCAAACCGAGGUCACCCCCAACGUGGACUCGCUCAAGUUCAAGCCCGGCGUCCCCGUCAUGUCCAACGGCGAGACUGCUGAGUUCACCAGCGGCCGAGAAGCGCUUGUGUCUCCGCUCGGCAAACGCCUCUUCCAGAUCGACGGCAUCCAGUCUGUCUUCUUCGGCCCCGACUUUAUCACCGUCAACAAGCACCAGGAGCACGCCUGGCAGAUCAUGAAGCCCGAGAUCUACUCGGCCAUCAUGGACCACUUUGCCAGUGGCCAGCCCAUCAUCUCCGAGGGCGUCGAGGCAGCCAGAGACACCGAGAUUCAGCCCGAGGACUCGGAAACCGUGGCGAUGAUCAAGGAGCUGCUCGAUACCCGCAUCCGCCCAACCAUCCAGGAGGACGGCGGCGACAUUGAGUACAAGGGCUUUGAGAACGGCGUGGUCAAGCUCAAGCUCAAAGGCUCGUGCCGCACCUGCGAUUCCUCGGUCGUCACCCUCAAGAAUGGAAUCGAGAACAUGCUCAUGCACUAUAUUCCCGAAGUCACUGCGGUCGAGCAGGUCUUUGACGAGCACGAAGCCAUUGCUCGGGCCGAGUUUGAAAAGUUUGAAGAGUCGCUGCGACAAGACCGGCUCAAGUGA